CAUGAGCAGCUGGUGCAUCAGUUGAACCACGAGCAGCAGACGCACCUCGUGUCCAAGGAGCGGAUCAAGCAGGUGGGGCACGAGGCGCAAGAUCUCGCGCACACGGUGGAGGAGCAGUGGUUCAAGAUCGCGCAGCUUGAAAAGGCCAUGAGCGAGAUCGCCUUCCUUGCAGAUGUCCCCGCCUUCCCCUUCCUGCACAUCGCCGGGGAGGCCCAGUCGUGCAACGUCGAGCAGCUCCAGCGCGACGACGACGCCCAGGAGACCAACGCCCUCCUGCUGAGCACCGCGGGAGACCAGGGCAGGCAGUUGCGCGCCGCCGAGGCGAAGAAGAGCAUCUUGGACGGCCAGGUGAGCUCCACGGACGAGAGCACGCAGGGGGCCCUCGGCAACCCGUGGAGCAUCGACCUCUGCGAGGACACCACGCUCGCGGUGGUCGACGUGGAGGAGCACCAUGGUAAGCCCGCUGGCCACGCGGCGGCGGCGCUAGAGGGCGAGGAUGUCGACGGGGACGUCCUGAUCCUGAAGGCCUCGCAGUCGCUGAAGGACGACGAGGUGGAGGACCCGCACGACGAGCGGAGGCGUUCGGGAGGACCGCGGAGGCCGCUGAUCCUCCAGCGCCAUUUUUUCCAGACCGCUUGCCUCGACGAGAUGGCCGUCGACCUGGAGGAGCUCCAGCGCAUGCUGUCGAGCUCGAGGAGCUCCGCGCGGCCCAGCUGA